AUGGGCGGCAAGAAGGGGGCCAAGGCGGAUCAGAAGGUGGAGCCGAAGGCGCAGACCGACGGCCCUCAGCUAAAGCACUUCGGUGAUCGCUUGUGCUUCUGCGCUAAGUGCCGCAACUGCUCCAAGGACAUGGCUUUUACGAACCCCACCGCCCUCCCCAAACAUGAUCGCCCCUUCAAGUUCACGUCUCUGGACCCGCGCGGGCCGCAGAAUGCGUGCGCGGAGUGCUACAACCAGAAAGAGACUUUGUCCCCGUGGAUGACUUGGGGGCAGUUCAACGACCUCGGCAAUGACGUGCCCGAGUUCGGCCAAGUUUGCGAUGCAGCCAUGCAGGUGGCAUCUGGCAAACGGAAGAAAGAGACGUUGGCGCAGGAGAUCAGCAAGGAGGCCCACGUCGGCUGCCGCAUCGAGCAGGAGGCCGAGCUUGCGACCGAGCAGGCGGUCAAGAGGCGUUGCUUCGGGGUCGCUCCGAGGUGCCUCGGCAUGAGCCCAGUGGAGCUCUUGGACAAGAACGGCCUGGAAGUUGCGUCUGGCUACCCUGUCGCCGUCGGCGGGGCGCCGCAGAGGAUCUUCUUCUACACCGAUGUCGCCGUGAAGAGAGGCAUCCCUGUGCUGGACUCGCGCGAGAACUUGAGCGACGUGCAGAUCCCAGCGAACCUCAAGCGGGCCUUCGACAUCCAGGAGCUCGGAGGCGGCAACAUGCAAAUGCCGAAUAACCUGAAGUCGUGGGAGCAGCUGGAGAUACGCAGCAGGACCAUCAGGCAGAAGCGCGACGAGCUGAGCGUGAGCAGGAAGAAGUCUGGUGAAAUGAUUCCAACAUCAGCCGACAAGCGCGACGGACAUGACAGCGAUGACGACCGCGAGAAAAGCGUGGAUGGAUAUGCUGCCGCUUCCUCGACCUGGAUUCCGCCGAGCAUGGCAGCUUCUGCAGAUGCGUCUCGCCUACAUGACCAAUGGAAGGCAACGAAUAAGAAGGGGUCCGCGUCCGCGGCGGCGUCUUCGAGGGAUAGGCAUCCGUCGCCGAGCCCACCGCCAAUCAGCAAGGGGAGCCCCGCCCAGAUUGUCGAUGCCAAUGUGGAGGACGGCACUCUGAAGAAGGUGGCUGCAGGCUACUUUGUCAAGACCCCGAAGUACUGGACCCAAGUCCUCGACAUCGCGCAGGGCGCAGCUGGCAACAACAUGUCCAAGGAUGUCGGCCAGGCCAAGCUUUGCCGCUCGAGGGAGGGCAAUACGACGGAGGCCGACAGGCUUGAGACGCAUCUCGAGCUGUUCGCCGAGAGCCUGAAGCUUUCGCCAUCGCAAGUCCACCUGUUGUCCGGCGACGCGCUGAAGAAGCUGCUUACUAAGUUGCAGGCCGUCAAUCCACAGCCAGCGUGGGCCCUCGAGACUAAGAGGGGUCUGACAACGAGGAAGUUCCAGUGCAUGUCUGACCUGACCCUCCAGCUCUCUGGAUCCAGCGAGCCCACGUGGACUGAGCUCGUCUGCGUACUCGACCCGAUCGGCAACAACAAGAGCCACGACUUCGACUUGCUCAACCCGACGUUCCACGCGGUCGCGAAGCAGAUGGGCCGCUGUCUUUACUGCGAGUUCGCGAAGGAGGACUACUUUGGCAAGGUCAUUCCCAAGAUCCUGUGUCAGAACAGCGCUGAAGGGGGACCGCAGGCUGAAGGAGAUGGGCUUAUAAGUGAAAAGGUGUUCACUCUACCAGAGGAUUUGCAGCUGGAAGACUGGAUCGUGGACUUCGGUAUUCAGAUGACUCUUCUUCACGAGUGCUUGGACUUCAUCGUGGAGCCGUACAUCGUCGAUUCUGAAGCCGAGGACCCUCGGAACCUUCUUCAACAAAUCCAGCAGGCAUCCAUCGUCACGAAGGCCGGCGACUUCUUUUCCAUGAUGGCGCCGUCGCUGGCCAACUGCCACCGCGCCCAGACCUUGAUCGCAGACUCCCUCAAGCCCAACGCGAAGUACGAGGCGAACUACGAGGAAGUGAAGAGCAUGGUGAGCAAGAUGGGGCAAUCAGCAAAUAAUGGAGAGCGUGAGGCGCCGUCCGCGUUGACGAGCAUCUGCACCAAGCUGUUGGCCUGGGAGGGGAACAUGCCCAAGGGUUCCUGCACUCGAGUCAGGGAGUUACUCUGGGCGCAGUUGGUAGGCAACUAUCAAUCAAUAUUCGGCGGCCACAACGAGGAUUCGAACCCAGAAGACGCCAAAGAGAUCCCAGCGGAUCGCAUGGCGACCAUCGUGGACAUGAAGGAGUGCCUUUCAACUGCCAGGGAAGUGUUCGUGGACAAGAUCGAGCUCAAGAGCUACGUCGAGAAGCUGACCCGUGCGAUCGGCUCAUUCGAUCAGGAGAAGAGGAUGAAAUAUAUCAGUGAGAUGUGCAGGGAGUACGUGGCCACGAAGGACAUCAAAACUUUGGUCAGGCUGGAGAACCUGCUGGGCCAGAUACCAGGAGGGGAUGCCCUUACGAAGGACGCCCUCGACUGCAUCUCGAAGGUGGUCAAGCACGCUUCUGCGCAUAUGAUGGAGGUAGCCAGCAAAGAGCACGACGGUGAAGCAGACGAGAGUGCCAGCGCCAAGGGAGGCAAGCACAUCGAAACGAUCUACCUCAUCACGAGUGCUGUCGGUCGAAUGGUCCCGCUCCUCAAGGCGAGCACUGAGCAGAUCAUGAUCAGGCUUGGCAAGUACGCCGACGGAAUUGUAUCUGCAGCGAAAAGCUUCGUCAACCUGGUGGAGGUGACCAACUGCGUGAAGGCCAUGGGUGCAGACGAAGAGGCAAUCAGCCAGUGUGAUCAGUGCAUGCCUCGCUUGCUGGAGCUCGGCCGGGCUCUGAACUCCUUCGACGCUGCCAUCGGGACUUGGAAGGCCGACGAGGGAGACGCCAACUUCGGUUGCAUCGAAUACGAGCGCGCCCUGGAUAUCAAGACGAAGGUCGCCACGGCUUUCAUCAAGCACCUGAAGACAGAAAACGAGAAGACAGAGAACGACGCGAAGCAGAUCUACGGCAUGGAGGGCUCUACGGUCAAGAGUUGGUUCGACGGCUUGGCGGCUGAUACGAAGUGGGUUGAGCUGGUCGAAUCUCGGCAGGCUCGCGACUUCCACGCGAACGUGUCCCUGGAAGCUGUGAAGGCCAAGUGCGAAGAGAUGGGCCAGCUCGUGCGCAAGCACGAUGACCUCUUCACGUUCCUGAAGAUGCCCUUGGUCAAGUGGGACUCGAUGAUGAAGGUUCGAGCGGACCUGGCCGCGCUGUACCUGGAGCUGCUCAUCUUGGACAAGGCUGGGAACGCGCAGAUCCAGAAGGCCGAGCUCAGGAGGCACGCGAUUGCGGCCAAGUCGUUAUGUGCUGACGCUUCGUCGGAGCUCAGCUCGAAGGGCGUCUUCCCGCCGAUCGCGGUGAAGAUGAAGCUCGCGCUGCAGGGCAAGGCCUAG